UACCUCCUCCAUUUUCCACCAUCACAACUUCAAUAAUCCUCUUUGUUAUUCUCUCACUCUCUCUCUCUAAGCACUUAACUUCUUUCUACCACUUUCACCAAACAUGGCCCCUGAGCUUGUACCCACCGUCACAAAAUCCACUGCCUCCUUCACCAGCCCUACCACCCUGCCACCACGUGCUUAUGUCACAUUCCUUGCCGGAAAUGGUGACUACGUAAAAGGGGUGGUUGGUCUUGCCAAAGGCUUGAGAAAGGUCAAAACAGCCUACCCACUGGUGGUGGCUGUCCUUCCUGACGUGCCAGAAGAGCACCGUAAGAUUCUUAAAUCUCAGGGCUGUAUCGUCCGUGAGAUUGAACCCGUUUACCCACCAGAAAAUCAGACCCAGUUCGCUAUGGCUUAUUACGUCAUCAACUAUUCCAAGCUCCGUAUAUGGGAGUUUGUAGAAUACAGUAAGAUGAUAUACUUGGACGGAGACAUUCAAGUGUUUGAGAAUAUAGACCACUUAUUUGACCUACCUGACGGUCAGUUUUAUGCUGUGAUGGACUGUUUCUGCGAGAAGACAUGGAGUCACACUCCUCAGUACAAGGUUGGGUAUUGUCAGCAGUGUCCAGAAAAGGUGCAGUGGCCCACUGAAUUGGGCCAGCCCCCUGCUCUUUAUUUCAACGCCGGCAUGUUCGUGUUUGAACCUAGCAUGGCCACUUACCACGACUUACUGAAAAGGUUGAAAGUCACUACUCCCACAUCGUUUGCAGAGCAGGACUUCUUGAACAUGUACUUCAAGGACAUUUAUAAGCCAAUUCCUCUGACCUACAACCUUGUUCUCGCCAUGCUUUGGCGUCACCCAGAAAAUGUUAACCUUGAGGAAGUCAAGGUUGUUCACUACUGUGCAGCGGGGUCAAAGCCUUGGAGAUAUACUGGAAAAGAAGAAAAUAUGCAGAGGGAGGACAUAAAGAUGCUGGUCCGUAAAUGGUGGGAUAUCUACAACGAUGCUUCGCUUGAUUACAAGCCAUUAGGAGCAAGUGAAGCUUCAGUAGAUGGUGUUGACAUGGAACCAUUGGGACAUCUAUCAAAGGUUGUUCAACGUGUUCUUGCUGCACCUUCAGCAGCUUAGAUGCAGGGAGUGAUCGUGCAUUGCUUUUGAAAGGACCUCGCCACCAUCUUCAUCUUCGAUGUGCAUUUUAUUUUCUAAAAGACCUUUUUUUUUCUCAAUCUUUGUUUUUUUUUCUUUGAUCCAGCUUCUGUUAAAAAAGAGGUGGGGUCUGUUCAUAAUUGUCUGGAUCUGGUUUUUGUCCACACAAUGUUAAUUAUGUAUAUUUCUGCUGUCACCGUUUAUUGUAUGGACAUCGUCAUUGUAAUACUUUUAGGGCAAUGCUUAAUGAUGAAGGCAAAAUGAUAUGUCCAUUUUUAUGGUCA